AUGGCUCUGCAGCUAUCACAGAAAGGGAAAGGCAAAGAGCCAUUCAGGAACGACCAUCCCACAAAAUUAUUGAAAGGAGCGUUGAAAAGAUUCCAGAAUGUGUUGUCACCAGUACAGCAAAAGGAAUUCAAACGCGUCUCAGCAGUGCCUGAUGCCGCCGGGGUCUUGUUUUUCGUCGCUGAACUUGACGCCGAAAAGGCAAGAAAGACACGAACAAGCAUCGCGCUACGAUCUUGCACCUUUUUGAGUGCAACGCAACAAUUUGCUGGCGCCGUUGGAACUUUUGUCGGCUCAAAUCCCACGAUUGCAGCUCUCGUUUGGGGCGGUAUCAAGACUGCUAUAGUAGUAGCGAGCAAUGUUGCCUCUUACUUCGACAAAGUCACCAACAUGAUCAUGCAAAUCGGUCGUUUCUGUCCAACAUUCCAGCAGCUUGGCAAACUGUAUCAUGGCUGUACUGGCCUUCAGCAAGCAUUAUGCGAUUACUAUGCUGUGAUCGUUGAUAUAUGCGUCAAUAUUGUCGAGGCUUUUCUUGCAUCUAAGCAGGCAGAUGAUGAGGCAAAGAGGCUUUUGGAGUAUGAGAGCAAGGAAAAUUCGUCAUUUAGACCAUCUGCCUUGGCAUUUUUCCGAAAGGCAACAACAUAA